AGUGAUGCUGGCGCCGGGGAUCCGGACAGCGGCAGCGGAGCAGCAGCAUCUUCAGGACUCCGGCUGCAGCGUCCCUGUGGCCCGUGGGCCAGCAGAACGGCCAGAGACCGCGCGUCCCGCGGAUCUGUUAAAGCCACUUCAAGAAUUGCUGAGUCCAGAAUUGGUGGAAGGGUUGUGUGCAAAUACGGACCCUAUCCUGAGAAGAGCGCAGUAUUCAUCAUAGGUGGAAAAUUCCUAGAGCUGGAAGCAAAGAGAGGUGUGUUUAAUUUGCUAGUAACUGGCUGCCUGGACCUGAGAGUCUUGUCCCAUCUUCAGCACUAAGUUUUAUGAGCUUGCCACCCUGAGCUACUGCUGCUUCCCUCCCGACUCCUGAAGGAAUCUAGAGGCAACCACAGGGGAAAAGCUGAGCACGCAGGAUUCUGCAAUAUGCUGAGCAGUAGCUUCUCCUGAAAUGAGUCGCUCAAAUGUCCUCAAACCAAUGGAGACCAUGCUAGAUGCUCUGUGCCUAUAGUGAGAAGAAGGAAUACACAGCACGCUUGGUUCAGCAGCGCCCAAGAAAGAUGAGCAGGCAGAAAGCACAGGCUGAGAACACAGUCUGUGGAAAGCUGACAGGAUCCUUACCUUUGUGUCACUGGCAUCAGGCCCUCAGAGUCUCCCUGACUGGGGAACUGGAUUGUUCCAGACUGGUGCCUGGACGAGACUCACUGAGCAACAUGAAGCUAAGGUCUCAAGUUCCUGUCUAUUCUGUGAACGCUGUGAUGCACCUAUGAUUCCCAGCACCCAAGCUCAGAACCUGAAAAGAGACCAGAACUCUGCAGAUGCUGGGCAGAUUAUAAAAUGAAAUUGAAAACUGAUGACAGUCAAUUAGAGAGACCAAGUUUGAGCAACAGCCAAAGUUAAGAGGAAGAUUUCUGAGACAUGGAGCUUCCAUCAGUUUUGGAAGAAAAUACAAUGAAUGCAAUUUGAUAACACCAGACCAACCCUAAGGCCCAUGGACAACCUCUAGGUCACUCUUGCAAAAAUUUAGAUUUCUGAGUAAUAUGCUGCCAUUGAAAGAUGACAAGAAACUAGUGCCAAAAGGGUGUAUUCCGCAAUACCUGGACUAGACGUGCUCUCAACACAAUGGCUUCGAAGGUCUCCUGCUUGUACGUUUUGACCGUUGUGUGUUGGGCCAGUGCUCUCUGGUACUUGAGCAUAACUCGUCCUACUUCUUCCUAUACUGGCUCAAAGCCAUUCAGCCACCUAGCAGUUAUCAGGAAAAACUCGACCUUUGGUAACAUAAGAACUCGACCUAUAAACCCACAUUCUUUUGAAUUUCUUAUAAAUGAGCCCAACAAAUGUGAGAAAAGCAUUCCUUUCCUUGUGAUUCUUAUCAGCACCACCCACAAGGAAUUUGACGCCCGACAGGCAAUCCGGGAGACGUGGGGGGAUGAGAACAACUUUAAAGGGAUCAAGAUAGUCACGCUUUUCCUCCUGGGCAAGAAUGCUGAUCCAGUUCUGAAUCAGAUGGUGGAACAAGAAAGCCAGAUUUUCCAUGACAUCAUUGUAGAGGACUUCAUCGACUCCUACCACAACCUGACCCUCAAAACGUUGAUGGGGAUGAGGUGGGUAGCCACUUUCUGCUCAAAAGCCAAGUAUGUCAUGAAAACAGACAGUGACAUUUUUGUAAACAUGGACAACCUUAUUUAUAAACUCCUGAAACCCUCCACCAAACCAAGAAGAAGAUAUUUUACAGGAUAUGUCAUCAAUGGUGGGCCAAUCCGGGAUGUCCGCAGUAAGUGGUACAUGCCCAGGGAUUUGUACCCUGACAGCAACUACCCGCCAUUCUGUUCAGGGACUGGCUAUAUCUUUUCAGCUGAUGUUGCUGAACUCAUUUACAAGACCUCACUCCACACCAGGCUGCUUCAUCUUGAAGAUGUGUAUGUAGGACUGUGUCUCAGAAAGCUAGGCAUACAUCCUUUUCAGAACAGUGGAUUCAAUCACUGGAAAAUGGCCUAUAGUUUGUGUAGGUACCGCCGUGUUAUCACUGUGCAUCAGAUCUCUCCAGAAGAAAUGCACAGAAUCUGGAAUGACAUGUCAAGCAAGAAGCAUCUCAGAUGUUAGGAUUUUUACUAAUGUAAAUAAGUUUCUUUUUUAAGAAAUGGGGCCUACGGUAUUGGUAUUUUACAGGUGUCACCAAGGGGAAAUGAACCAGUGAAGGGGUUUUGUAGUUUUUGCUUCCUGUUCCUAAUUCCUUUCUUGAAUCACCAAUUUACAAGUGUUAGGUUCUGGUCAGAGAAAUAGUGAGUUAGAAGGGCCAGAUUUCAUUCUCAGGUCUUGAGACAUUGCCCUUCAUCUCAAAAAAUGACUUCUAAACAACUAGUAGCGUUUAUGCACUGUGCAUCUGAGAUAAAAAUCUGGUUCAGGAAAUGGAAACUCACGUUAAUGUCUUCAUGUCAUAUCUGAAAAAAUAAAUAAAUAACUCUUUAAAAAAUAAGUCAGAAAUGGUAUACAGGAAGAUACAUUGAAUAUGAUUAGUGAUAGUAUGUGUUGUUGUUAUAUUGAAUUUUUACAUAUAUUGCCAUGUAAGAUGUGCAGAAUUUGUGUUUCCACCAAGAAUUGAAUUUACCAGGGAGACUGUGGUAAAAAUAGAUGUGAAUUUAAGCUUGAAAAUCAAAUAUUCUGUAUGUUAAGAAAACAACUCUGCUUAUACUUCCAAGGAUUAAACCUGAUCAGUGGGUGGGUAGAAUGUAUAUAAAAUGCUACUUCAAGUAAACAAAGCAACUUUUUUUUUUUUUGCUCUUUCAAAACAAACAUUACAUGGUGCCUCCAAGGAGACUGCCAAAUGUAAUAAUCUCACCUGCUUCCUUCCACGGAAUGUCUCUAAGUGCAUUUUACAGUUUUGGAAUCUGGCGGGCACAUGUCUCCGUGUAUAGAAAACAAGUUGGUAGGAGACCCAAAAACAAUAAAUUACAACUGAGAAAAUGCAAAUUUAGAUAUACAUUAUAAUAACAUACAUAAGCCUAGCUGUAGUAUGCAAUGCCCCUCUCACACAUUUGCAAAGCGGGUGAGAAAAUCUUUAAGAGGCACCAAUAUUAUUGAAAGAUUUGACCCUGCUAUCAAUGAUGUAAUACUCUAACAUCUGAAAUAUCCCAGUACCUUUAGCAGCAAAACUGUUCUGAGGUAUUCUGAGAGCUCUGUCACGAAGAUUCAUAGGAAGAAAAAGUGUGGAAGCCCGAAUUCAGAUCUUACUGAUGCCACCAAACUUGCAUGGACAUAAGAACAGGCCACUUAAUUUUGAUGUACUUCUGUAUGCUCAUUGUAAAAUGGCUGAAAAAUAUAUCUACCUCACAGGUACUGUGAGAGAAAAUCACAUUUGCUAAUAAGCAUUUUGAGAUCCUUAGUUUAAAAGGUGCUAUGUAAUGCCAUGUGUCAUGCAUUAAGCUAAAUGCUAAAAUGAUUACAGUAAUUAUAAUGAUGGUGAUCAGUUGUAGUAACGUCAUCUUAAUAUAACAAUCUACCAAAAUAAAGAUCAACUGUGAACUAUCAGUGUACCUAAUUCUUCCAAGCCUUUGAUGUUUCAUGGCUGUAAGUUAGUUGUGUGAAGAAGCCCCAGCCUCUCUGACAUGUCUCCAGUUUCACUGAUCGCGCUGUCACUUCCAUGCGUUGCCUUGGUAUUCCAAGGUGCUGAUAGUGAAGUCAGCGGCUUGGCUUCAGGGAGGAGCUUUGCACAUGCUUUACAAAAUGCAUCCACAUAACUUAGAUCUUAGGAAAAAUUUGUCCUGAAUUAUUAAAAGCCUGGAGGAUAGGUAGAGCCAGUCAGCUCCAUCAGAAGAAGAAUAAACACUCAGCAAAUCUACAUGUUGCACACCCACCAUUCAUUAGAAAACUCCCUGCUCUCAUUCAUAGAAAAGCCCACAACUGAAAGAACAUUCCACUUUCUCUAUUUUGUUUUAUCUAUUUUAUUUGAACCCGAACUCUGGGUGCCCCCAUAGUUGAUAGUGAUAGACAGAAGGAAUAAAUGGUAUCAUGGUUCAUUACAUGAAAAUGCUGGCUCUCUCACCCCUAUGUACUCAAUACGAGGCAGGAUUUCCCAUCCUUUAAUGUGAUGAUUUUGAUCACUAAACAGUGGCUAAGUGGCCUGGGAAGAGAUGACACAGGACAAGGUGAGCCACCCUCCCACCAUUCCAGCCUCAACUGCUGUGAACUCCAAUCACCGGGAAAGUCUCAAUGUCAUGCCUCAUUCGCCUCCCAGUUGUACAGCUAAACAUAGUCUCUGCCUCUUGCUACAGUCUUGCAUCUAUCUACUCCACGCUCAGUCAAGCCACUUUUGAUGUCAAUGAAAUGUACAUUAUAAUAACCAUGCCUGUACAUCUAUAAACUGCUUUGUAUGUGUGUAUAGAGUACAAAAAGAGCCCUAAUCUUGAAAAGCAGCAAAAAUCAGAAAAUCACAUCUUAAAAAUCUAUUUCCUAACUUUUUUGUUACACAGUGCCCAUAUGACAAACAUGUAAAUAGCCAUCAGAGAUCACGUGUAUAUAUUUUAAAGGCAUUUUUUUUCCUCACCCCCAACUGUAUGUACAGCUAGAAUCUGCUUGCUACAUAACAGUUUCUCUGCAUGGAGCUUGGUGAGGCAAGGCCAUUUGUCCAGUAUUUCAAUAGCCUUAAGCAUGUUUGAUCUUUGUUUUUUGAAUGUUCAAAGAAUAUUUGACUAGUCAAGGAAAAGUUUUAAUUUUUGACUUUUGUUAAUUCUAUGACAUAAAACUGGCCAGAUUAUUGUAGUUGUUUGUUAAGCCAUUCUUACCACUUCCUUGACAAAAAAAAAUGAUUCAUAAUGAUGGUAAUAUUCUGGGGCAGGGGAUAUAGUGCCAUGGUAAAGCACUUGUCUAGCAUGCAGAAGGCUCUGGGUUCAGUCCUUCUCAGCACUGCAAUAAUAAUAAUUAUCAUAAGGUUAAAACAGUGAUGACAGUAUUCUCCCAGAAAUCAUUCAAAUAAUUCUUCCUAAGCACUGUCUCCCCACCUAUUUUCUCAUUAUGUACUGGACAACAAUGGAUGUCAAUGAUCAGUGUCUAUAACCUCAAAGUUUCUUAAUGUAUUUCUUAGAGAAACAAAAGCUUUAUUUGGUGCCUAGCUCAUACGGUUCUGGGUCUUCUCAUACUGGAGCAGUUUCAUUAUACAACGAUGUACUUUUAAAUAAACAGAUUCAAAACAUGAAGAUCAUUUUUGAAUUGGAUGAAAUUUGGAAAAACAAAACCCCUGUGUGAAAAGAUAUGGGGUAAACAAACUUCACAGAGAAGACAGAGGGAGUUUUUCAAAUUCUUCUACCAAAAGACAUUGGAAAAUUUAUGUACAGUGUCUGGAAUUCAUUUUCUACCUUUCCUAAUAUGUGGGUUUAGUGGGGGAACUGAUUAUAUCAUUUCUUCUGUAAAGGUGAAGAUACUUUUAUAAACAAAAAGGUACCUUGUGAAUGGAAAAAUUAAUUUACUGGAAAUGCUUGUUGAUGAUAAUUGACAUUUAGGUAUAUUGUUAUAUAUUAAUGACUGCAUUUAUUUAUUUGUUCAAAACUGUAAAUAUGAUUUCACCAAAAGUAAUUGUCUGUAAAAGUGCACUCUCCAGGUUUGUAGUACUAUUUAGGGUUACAUGGGUUGCCAAUCAAGCUGCUAAUCAGAAUACUAUUUUUUGUAUCAGUGUUACAAAAUGUAACAAAUAGAUGAAGCUGUCUUUACAUUCAUUUUCUUCGCCUUCUUGAAAUGUAAACUGUUGAUUGAAAGCACGAUGCUAAUGUACAGGCCCAUCUGUCAAGGUGACAGUUAUGGUUCCAUAAACCUGAUUUUUUAAAACCACUGGGACAAAUAAACAAAAGGAGAACUUA